AUGUAUUCAUAUGGCAGACAACCCGCUGACUCGGAUGCCCCAGACGACAAUGCCUUUCAAUAUGCACCUUUUUUAUCCUCAGAUUUCCCUGCCCAGUCUGCGGCAGACUCCCGCUUCCUCUAUUUUCUUCAAAAUCGCUAUGAUCCCACCAUGAUGCCUGGCCCGGGCGCUGACGGAGAUUCAUCAAUGUCGUUCUUCAACGACAUUUUUCAGUCCAAUGGGUAUCACCCGAUAUAUAAUCUGUCUGCUCACCAGGAUUCGGGGCCACCAUACCCACUCCCUCAGUACUUCCCUGUAUUCCCUCUGCCAAUCAUGUCUAUUGACGGCACAACCACUUUGGCGCCAGGUUCAGAGGAUCUCCGGCCUCUUGGAGAGCUGCCAUGUUUCAACGAGCCAUUGCCUCUCGGAGAUUCAUUCCACGUCAGAGAGCCUCCGCCUCCGCCACCUCCUCUCCCUCCUCAGGCUGGUCCUUCUGGAUCAGAGCCAUUGCCUCUCGGAGAUCCAUUCCACAUCAGAGAGCCUCCGCCACCUCCUCUCCCUCCUCAAGCUGGUCCUUCUGGAUCACGCACUCGCCAGCCCCCAGAAAAGGAAAAGGCAUAUGAGUUCAAGGUUUGGCCGUACCCUCGUGCGCGACCUAAGCUGAGGGGUAUCACCAGCGCUCAGACAGCAGCUCAUGAAGCACUGCUUUCGUCAGCGAAUGCAAAGGAUGAAGAGUACGGCAGUCAAUGGAGCGCAGAAAAUCUUACUGCCUUCUAUAAAUCGUUCACAGUGCCGCCAUCUGCCGUCAUCAUGUCCACUACCAAGAAACAUGCCCGUAACGUCGUUCCAUUUGGAUACAGUCUUCAGCCCUCAAUCUGGUUGGAGGAUUACGCACCAGAAUACCAGAUUGAAACAGUAAAAGACCUUAUUGGCAACCCUUCAUUCUGUUAA